AUGUUAUUGAGACUACUCCUCGGUUUUUUGAUUUUUCUAUUUUCUGCAAUCGGAAUUCUUGUGAAUCUCAUUGUUUUACAACCAGUUUAUAAACUUUCUAAAAACCUCAACAAAUCAUCAGUUUAUCUCAUCUCAUUUUUCAACAUUCUAACAGAUCUUGUGAAUCUGAGCCAAUCCGCAUUCUAUCUAGCACCAUGUAUAAUUUUCAAGAGUUAUAUUUUCGGAGAGAAAAAUGAUGAGGGAAUUCCAAAACUUCUGGGAACUUUGGCAUUAGUAACUUGGUAUAUCGGGAAUAUCACACAAAUUGUGAUGGCGACGAACAGGUAAACUGGAGUAAUAACUUCAAGUUUUUGUUAAUUUUCAUUUCAGAUUUGUUGUUAUCUGUUACCUCAAUAAUAACAUCUUUACUCAUCGGAACAUUAAAAUACUCUUCGGAAUCACUUUGAUUUUUGCUAUUACCAAAGCCUAUAUUGUUCAAUACAUAACACCGUGUUGCGCGUAAGCUCACGCAAAAACUCAAUUCCAACUGAUUGUGAGGAAAAUUUACAGAUUUGUAUAUGAUUAUCAAAUAUUAUCCUAUAACUAUGCUAGAAAGCCUGGAAUUCCGAAUUACAGUGAUAUUAGUGAUUUACCAUUGAAUGCUUUUGCCACAAUUGUAGCUUUUACGUGUUAUAUUUUGGUAAGUUAUUUUCGACGAAAUUGCGAUCUUUGA